CGGGCUUCACGCUCAUCCAGCUUGUGCUCGCGCUGUUUUAUCGCCAGGGGGCGGGGUUUGUUUUCAGAGCGGACCUGAGAGACAAGAUGGCGACCGCAGGGUUCGCCGAACAUCGAGCCAGUCCGCCCAGCACCACCGCUGAUACCUCCCGGUCAGGGUCCGGUACCGCCGGUGCCGCCCGGUUCCGUGCCGGGUCCGGUCCGCAUGAGAAGUGUUCCGUCUGCUCAGGGAGGCGGUCUGGGUCCGGUCCGGCCUGUUCCCGGUGCCUGACCCGGAGAGUCCCGGGCAGAGAGGAGCGAAUCCGGAGAAGAAGUGACCCCGUCAGAGGAAGCAGCAGAGCGGGAAAGAGGGACAGCGAGAGCCGGAGAGAGGUGUUCAUCUGUCCAGCCCUGCUGACCAAGUCUGCAGACGCUCCUUCAGGUCCAGCAGGGAAACAUAAGCUGCUGGGCUCCGACGACAGAGACGAGCCGAGGAGGUGGAACUGUCUGAUGGGUAAAGAAGAACCCGGUUCAGUCCGACUUGGUGUGGAGCCGGGUGUUCUGUCGGACUCGGAGAAUGAGGAGCCAAUAAGCAGGAGGAUCAGGAACAUCUCGGCGUUCAUCAGGAAAACCAAAAACUCCUCAGCUGUCAGCAGCGUUUCCCAGAGGAGUCGAAGCUGCACCGACCCGAUGGAGGACAGAGGAGGAAAGACGAAGGUCGCUGUCCCGCCAGCGGCUGUGAUGGAGCGGGUGGGAAUCAGUCACAGCUCCGCAGCAGGAAUCCUGCUGUCAUCAGAGAACAGCCGCUCCAUCUCCGCCCCCAUCACUGCCCCCGACCGGCGGCUUGCCUGGCGGGCGGUGCUGACAUCAUCGGCUCCUCUGAGCCUGCCGCCGCCUCGAACCGAGCGCUCCAUCAGCCCUGAGAGCAACGACAGCAUCUCUGAGGAGCUCAACCACUUCAAACCCAUCGUCUGCUCGCCGUGCACCCCGCCCAAGCGGCUGCCGGACGGCCGCCUGCUGGAGCCCACCAUCGUCAAAGCGACGCCGCGGAACCUGAGCCGCAGCCUGCACAAGGCCACCAGCUAUGAGGCCAGUCCAGCCGUCCUGCAGAAGUGGAGGCAGAUCGAGCUGGACCGAGAGGGCCUAAAGGUCAGCUCCAGGGCCACGCUCACUAGUCCUGUCUCUGAGCACAGCAAGCCUGAAGUAGGGGGCGGAGCCUCAAAGACGCAUCAGCAUCGAGGCGCCGUAGCGAUGUCAAACAGAAGGAGGCUGCUGUUUGAGCCUCCAGACAUGGACAGCUUCCAGAAACAAUCGGUGAAGAUUCGGGUCCCAGCUGUCCGCUACAGCUGUGGUUCUGACCUCAGAGGGUGCGCAGACUUUGAGCGGCCAGGCGUUACCUCGGAGCCGUGUGGCGGGCCGGCGCCGCUCAGCCGGAAACGGUCAUUCUCACCGUGCAACAACUCUGGAUUCCAACCCGGAAAAUUUGUGCCAAAGGACACUUCGAGUCCCAGGAAGGAGUGGGACAGCAGCAUCCACAACCAGACUACCUCAAGGAGGGGCAAGAAGAGGAACCAGAAGACCAAACACCUGGAUCCGGCCCUGAAUCUGGACCGUAAGAGGAGCCGGACCGGCGUCCAGCAGGAGGCGCUGUGUCCGGCCCAACAGGAACAACAGGACAGAGCACUCGCCCUUAAACUGCAGAGACAGUUCGACCUGGAGAUCCGCAGGAGCAGCCCUGACGGGUACUUCCUGCGGUCCUGGAGGUCCACUCAGAACCGUAGAAGGCGGGGCCUGAGGGCCUCCCGCCGACUCAGCAAGAAGCUCUGAAAGAGUCGGUUUCAGAUUCCAGUAACUCAGAUAUGCAAAGAGACCAAAGGAAAGUUUUUAACAAGCAGAUUGUUUCUUCCAAACACCAGCAGAGCACCAAAAACUCUCAGAGCUGUGACCAGAACCCCUACAGACCCUAAGAGUUCAACCUGUUUAUGUUAAUCAAGCUGUAUUUAUUGAUUACUGCUAAUCAGCUGAUCAGUUCUGGGGAUGGACCGAUUCCUGAGUGAUGGAACAGACAUCUGCAGAGAUCACCGCAACUAAAACCUGCUCUGUAAUCCGCUAAGCAUUUCAGCUCCUCACCGCAACAUGCAUCAUGUAAACUGGCUGCAUAUUUGUGUGUAUUUAUUGAAAUGUCAGUAUUUUAAGCAUCAUCUCUCUGAAAACUCCUCAACCAAUCAGAGCGCAGCAGAGAGGGCUGCCUGUUGGAUGAACAAGCUGCAGCAGCCAUGACUGCCUGAACCUCAGCCCAGGAAUCGGUGCAUCUCUUAACACUUCACAAAAUUGUUUCCUGGAUUGAAUAAAAUAAGAACCGAUUUAUUUGGCUGCAUUGCGUCCUGGUCGAAUGCUCCUGUCUGUACAUCAUGUAAAACCGCAGAAGAAGAAAUGAGCAGGAACGAAAUAAAAACCAUAUAACAGGAA